CUGACAACUGCCAACUACCUUGUUAACAUGUUCAAUCUUUGUUUGUCUACAUAACCAACAACGAAGUAAAGUCCUAUGCAGUCGGGGCUUUUUUGACUUAUUUUUUAAGUGCACUUCAAUGAGUUGGCAUCAGCCUGGUCUUGAUGUUAGUGCGGCUCCGUUACAUCAACUUACACCUCAUGGUCUAUUAUCAAAUGAAUAUCUUUCUGGGUUUGAUCAGAGUUCUGGUGGUAUGGAUUCGGAAAACGCACUCUUGACGGAGCAGCGUGCACAGUUGACAGGAAGAGAACUUCAGCAACUUCUUAGUGUUGCUCACCAAAGUUUAGAUGAAGCUCAGGAAAGAAAACAGUCAUUAAAUAGUCAUAGAUUAAAGCCUGCUCUAUAUAGUGUGUUCUGUGAAAUCAAGGAGAAAACAGCUCUAAGUUUGAGAAACUCAGCUGUUUCUGCUGUAGAAGAUGAAGCUAAUUCACCAGAUCCUCAGCUUUUACGCUUGGAUAAAAUGUUAGUUGCUGAAGGUGUAACAGGACCUGGCGGUAGUCUGAAUAAUGAUCUAAGUGACGGUCCUGGAGACUUGGGUGGGGGACCCGGUGAUUGUAAUCAAAUUGAACAUGCUGAUUAUCGCGCCAAAUUGUCUCAGAUUCGCCAGAUAUACCAUGCAGAAUUGGAGAAAUAUAAAAAUGCGUGUGAUGAAUUCACAGGACAUGUUAUAAAUUUAUUGCGUGAACAGAGUCGUAGUCGACCUAUAAGCCCAGCAGAAAUUGAACUUAUGGUUGGUAUAAUUCGGAGGAAGUUUCGAGCAAUUGAAACACAGCUGAAACAAAGUACUUGUGAAGCAGUUAUGAUAUUGCGAUCUCGAUUUUUGGACGCUAGACGCAAACGUCGAAAUUUCAGUAAAGAAGCUACUGAAGUACUAAAUGAAUAUUUCUACUCUCAUUUGGCUAAUCCAUAUCCUUCAGAAGAAGCGAAAGAAGAAUUAGCCAAAAAAUGUGGGAUAACUGUUUCACAAGUCAGUUUUCUGAAAAUAAUUCGCACAUUUAAUUUUUACAGUUUUCAUUUUAAUAUAAUAUUUUGGUAGACAUACAAUCGUAUAUAUAUGUGUAUGUCAUUGAUAUUUGUAUUCUGUUUUCACUGAAGUUCAGAUUUACUCAUCAUUGUGUCAGGUAUAUAAAAGUGAUAUUUAACAAAUUACCAAGUGAUGAAUAUUCCACUUCUUUGGCAAUAACUAUAAUGAAACUACCAUUUAAGUUCAGUAACAUAACAUAUCCUAAUGGGGACCUGUUUCAUAAUUACUUUCUUAAUGCCAUAAGUUAUCCUUGUUCAUUAUUUGAGAAAUGAAUUGCUACGUGAUGUUUAUGUGUAAAUGACUCAGGAUUCAAAGUCUGAAGAUAAUAUUUUUUUGAAACUUAAUGAAUUUAUAACGUUUUUGCUAAUCAGUGUUGAUGACGUUUACAUUUGUUAUAAUUAAAACGUUUCAAUCUACUUGAUUAUCACAAAAUGAUACAAACCAACUGCUUACAUUCUUCAUGACUCGAAUUUUCGUAUUGCCAUAUCCAUUCAUUUAGUCUUAAUUCUUAUCGGUAAUACUUAAAAUGUCAGUUGACAUGAUAGCUUUUAUAAAGUCAUUCCUACAUAUCCCAAAUCUGUUCUGAAAUAACAUUAUUAAGAAAAACUUGUAUUUCAUACUUUUGAACUAUGGUUUGGUGGUUGAAAAAGCAAGUGACUUUCACCCAAUAGGUCUCAGAUUCGAACCCCGUUCAACCCAUUUCGGUUUAGACAGCUAUGUAGUAUCACUAAUCUCCAUACAGGCAGUUUAUUUCAAAGCCAAGCACAUUAACCUAUAAAUCUUAAAUAAUUUACUAUAUAAUACAUCUACACUUCAAACACUAUUCACAUUUUUCGUUAGACUUCAUCUUUCAAGGUAGAAAGUGAAGUCAGUUGUCGUUGUAUUUAACUAACGUGUAUUAUCUGGUUUUGUUAUCAGCACUAACCUGUGACUUUGAUCUCUAAAACAAGUGUGUACAUUUUGCUUGGGAAAUGCACAUUUCAGAUGUUUAGAUGUGGUUUCGAAGAUUGAUUAACCGGUUAGCCACCAUGGUGUGUUUUUUAAUGACUGUAUCGAGUGUCAAUCGAUAGAAUGGGAAAGUGAACAUUGACUCUCGUUAAAUAGUUAGACCUUAUCAUUAGGUGUACCAUUUUUCUUCCACUUUGCUCAGCUAGUUAGACCUGCUAUUUUGAUUGAUUGAGAUUAAGUUGUAUAUGUGUAAGAACUACGGAUUGUUGCCCUCUUCCUCCUUUUUUAUGGGGCAGUUGCAGUCAAAAGUGUUCGUAAUCAUGUUCUUAAUACUUCUGAAUUCACUUGUCUAAAUGAUCAUAACUGUAAAUUCGAUUCAGUUAUUGGCUCGCAUUUUCAUUGUUAUCACCUUUUCGCUUAAUCUGACUAGUCGGUAAAUAAUAGUUAUGUUAAGGUAUGAUAAUUUUUGCAUUUUUCAAAUCAAUUCGUUAAUUACAUCUUGGUACUUAAUCAUUGUCAAUUCUAAAAAAUGAAUUUGAACAAGUUAUUUAAAAUUCUGAUCUAUCUGUUAAAGUUGUAUUCGCAGAAAGUUACACUGGUGUAGGUUAACCUAUAACUCUUCCUUCUAUUUAUAUUAUUAGUAACAUCAUUAGAACUCUAAAAUUAUCAAUUGUUAGUCCAAUUUGCUUUUGCUGUUCCGAGUUAAUUAAUAUGAUAUGUCGUACUUAAAUUUCCCCAUUUCAAUCAUCAUGUUGAUGAUAAUUAUAACAAAAGCUGAUCUAGUGUAAAAAUCCGUUUGCUAAAAUAACAGUUAUGAAUCCAAUUAACCAUUGGACCGUUUUUCAUUCCACAGGUCUCUAAUUGGUUUGGAAACAAACGUAUUCGGUACAAGAAGAACAUUGUAAAGGCUCAAGAGGAAGCAAAUAUGUAUGCUGCGGCAACAGCCGCGGCAGCAGCUGCUGCUGGAUCUGUGGCAUCUGGAACUGGUGGUCCAACAUCAUCUGAUGAACAUUCUGUUGGAUAUGGUCAUCCCGGCUAUGAAUACGAUGAUUCUAUGAGCCUUCAAAGACCUGUCCCUCAAAUGUCCUGUCCACCUGAUCAUGACACUUGGAUGGGUGGGGGAGGAGCUGGAGUUCUCGGACCGGGUAGUUUAGAUGAACCCGACUGCAAACGCAGUAAACUUUGAGUACAUCUAUGCGUAUGCGAGAAGCUGUUCAAAUAACUUCAUUCACUACAUUUUACAGCUGAUGAAUUCGCCUUGAAGUAUCUUAUUUGAUAAGCAUAUAUAUAUAUGCAUUCUCUUCAUCUGUUGGUUUAUGUUCCAUAUUUCGUUAGUUCUGUAUUCCUUUAAAACAUGUGUUUUGUAGAGGAAAUAAUACCGGGUUUACGCAGUAAUCCUACGCAAUAUAUACAAGCGACUAUGUGUAUUGUUAUAGGCUGAAUUGUCUCGGCUUUUUCUUGCCUUUUGUUCUAUUCUUUUUUUCCCGUAUUUUAUUCUUUAGUAUAUUUAUUUAUUAAUGUUCGUAAGUUCUCAGUGAUUAAGGCCUGUAUCGUUUUCGUGGUCCUGUCUUUAUAAUACAAAUAUCAUGUUAAUUGUAUUCCCUUUUUCUCUAUAAUGAUCAAAAUGAAUUCGAUUUUUUUUGGACAUUUCACUUGAAACAUUAAAGCCCUAAUAAUACUAUCUUAAUUGAUGUUGUCUCUGUUGUCGUUUUUUAGUCACCUAUCUUUUACUCUCUGGAGGGGAUGUGAAAGUGCAUCAACUUCCCAUUUAUACUUUCGUAUUACGUAUCUUUUGUGUCUUGUGUGUUUUAUCCUCUUAUGGUUUAAACGGUUAAUUUCUUGUCUUGAGAAUUUCGCUUCACUUAUUUGCUAACUAUUCUCUCCUAUUCACUUACAUUCUUUUAUACCACAUUUCUUCAUUCUGUAAGAUGUGGGUGUGUAUCUUUCAGGACUGUGUCGUAAGACGAUUUUUUCUCUUUCAAUUUAUUUCAUUUCAAUAAAACAAAUUGUAUUACUUUCUCAGUAUUGUUAAUAUUCUAAAUAGUGGUGAUUCACUAACUAAAUGUUCAGCUCUAAGUUUGAACUCCACUCAUCCACUACGGUUUAUAUGUCCAAUUAGUUUUAAUCGCCUUCACAAACAGUUUAUCAUAAAAGGCACGUAUUGAAACUCAUAAGCGAAUCACAUCAUAAUCUUAAUUAACAGUUAAUAUGUAUAAAAUAAUUAAAAUUUCAUCGACAAUUGAUAUAAAUUGUCCAGCAACUGUAUGCUUCAUUUUAUUGUAAAAACAAAGUCGUUUUAAGCACUGUGAAAACUUUAUUUUCAGAUCGCUGAGUUUCUGUGGUAUUUGACGUCUUGAUACGUGGUUCUGUGUGACUUUUAUUCCAGUUUGAUGAGUCUAAUCCCGUUAUUGCUGUAUAUUUUCCCAGCCUCAAUAGCCAUUACCACUAGGGAUUUUACUCAAGCCAAUUAUUUGUUAAUUUCCUCCAUAUUCUUACUUCAUAACAGUGAUGUUAAUAUUAUCAUACAAGAAAUACAUUACAAUAAGGAAAUAUCAUAUCUACUUAGUGCAAGAACAA